AUGGCAUCGAUUUUAUCCGUCCCACCCGAAGUUAUAGUCAAUAUCCUCAAGCUUCUUAACCCGUUCGAGAUCGAGGCCGUCGCCAGGACACUAAAUUCACAUCUCUACCACCAAGCCAUGCAAUUGAUAUCACCCUGCCAUGGAUGGGUCAAGAAUGCACGGGCGAUGUGCAAGUUAUUCCCCCCAUCUGGAAAUCGCAGGCUGUUCCCUUCAUACCCCGGACAUAUUCCCGUCCUUGGCGAAUGCGAAGUAGGCGGCGAUGAGACACCGGCUAGCAUAUAUGAAGACUACGGCUUGGACCCAAGCGGAGGUCCUUUUUUUCGAAGCUCGCCUCCCGAUCUGCGCAGCUGGAUGAAGCUCGAUGGAAGCUUUGAUUGGCUUGAACCACUUGACGGGAAGAUCCCAGAGCAAAGCUUGAGACACCAUGAAUUCGAGGACAAUCACCGUCACCGGGCGGCUCCCAAGAGCCAUGUUGAGAAGCUCAAAGCCAAAGCGAAUAGACUCGGCCUUACUUUGCCUGUCGGCUUCGAGACGUUCUUCAGCAGUGACCGAUUGCACUAUCGUAUCCCAAGCAUGCGAUCAUGGUAUUUCUCUCUGGGAAACCUAGUGCACUGCCCUUCGUCAAUGGACGACGGUGCAGGAGGGUAUAUUUUGCGCUUCCACUGUGACCAGCAGUGCUGUGCGUUUGCUUACCUGUAUCUCAACCCAUCUGGACACCACUGUGUUUGGUACACUGGACUCAAUUUGUAUGCAGAAAUGGGUAUCUACGAGGGGGACAUGGACUAUGACGACGACGAGCUUGAGGAGGAGGGUGCGCAGGGAGAGACUGGUGAUAGCGACAAUGAGAAAAACAGUGACGAGGAUGAGGGCGAUAACGAUGAUCCCAACACCUUACCACAAAUAUCCAAGAGGAAGAUCGAUUUGGUCGCGUUGACAUUCGAAGAGUACAUAGCAAUGGUGUACUUUGAGGAGCUUCUGGCAGCCGGAUCUAUCCCUUUCAAAGGGUUAUGUGAUUACGUCCAACAUGUCUAUCUCUCGCCCACCAAGAUACAGCAUAUGAGAAAAUCAUGUCCAGCUGUCAAUUCUUUCCUCAGGGCCAUCCGUUGGGGGAGCAAGACGCGUCGCAAGAGGGUAACCUCCCCUGAUCUCUGGCCGUAG